AUGAGUUACAAAACAAGCGGUCUUCUAACUUUUGCUUUAGUAGUUUCUGCUGAAAUAUUGUUAACUGAAGCGGAAUUUCAGUCAAAGUUUUUAAGUUUUAUCGAAAGUUUAAACAAAGUCGAACAAUUUCAAAGCAUAUUUCUAUUCAAAAAUUCGGAGGAUUAUUUUGAUGACCAAUUUUUACUCUACAUUGCAACUUCACUUAACGUUCCAGUAAUUUUGUCAACAGAAGAUUCAUCAUUUUACUUGAAGGGAAAAUUCAAUGAAAACUUGCUUACAAUUGUUCAAUUUGAUUUCAGUGAUUUAUUUCUUCAGCCACUAUUGGAACAUCUUCAACACCUUCGUUUCUGUAAGACAAUUUUUGUGCUUAAGAAUUCUUCAAGAAAUGAUACGGAAUUGAAGAGUUUAUUCAAAUUCUGCUGGCGAAAUAGACUAAUCAAUGUUGUAGCAGUUUUUCAAGAUUUCUGCACUUCUUCGACUUACUACAGCUACAGUCAUUUCGGAGGAUUGAACAUUGAAGAAAUCGUCUGGAACAAUUAUAAUUCGGUGGUUUUUCGUGAUAAAAUGAAGAACCUCAAAGGUUUUACAUUACCAGUUGUGUUUGGAGGACCAGAACCAGGAUUGAUAAUUUCAAAAAACUCCAAUAGUGAAAUUGUAAUUCGAGGUUACAUGGGGCAUUUCUUCAAUACUUUUGCUAAAAAGCACAAUGCUAGAUUGAACACUUCGAAUGUUAACACUUCGCUUACAGCACGGAAUUUGUAUGAUCUCGUUGUUAACAGCAAAAUUGAAAUAUCAGGUGCUUUUCCGUCACGUUUAAUAGCUCCUGUUAAAUACUUUUCAUACCCGUUUUUCUUCUACAAAUGGAGUAUAAUGCUGCCCAUAGAGAAGCAUAUUCCCAUCUUUAAAGUAUUUUCUUUAAUUUUUCAAUGGAAAGCUCUUCUUCUUACAAUCGUUGUAAUUAUAUUACUUUCUGCAUUGCUUGAAAUAGCUGCCUUUUCCUCACAUUCACCACGAAUUUUCACAAUCUGGGAUUUUUUAUUCAAUAUUGAUUGUUUUCGUGGAAUACUUGGACAGCCAUUUUCUCAAUCACCAAAAGCUUCUUUAACUACAAAAAUUAUCUAUUCUUUGGUAUUUUUAUUGGGAAUCAUGAUUGUCACUUCAUACGAUGGAUUUCUUCAGUCCUUCAUGACCGAACCGCCAAGGGAAAAUAUGAUUAGAACCUUUGAAGAUCUUGAAGCAGCUGGCCUUAAAGUCUACAUUAUUACAGCUGAUUACAAUUUAAUGCUUAGUCCUCAUUUUAAAAAAUAUUCAAAUAUAUUUAAAAUUGAACCUGAUUUUGCAACAUUUAUUCAAAUUCGUGAUAAUCUUAGUCCAAAAUAUGCCUACACAGUAAAUAGUGAAAAAUGGAAAAUUUAUAAAAUGCAACAAAGUUUUUCUGGGAUUAAAAUGUUCCGAUGGUCUGAUGAAUUGUGUUUGAAUAAAAAUCUGGAUUAA